GUCAUCCCGCCUCACCAAACGGCAUUUUAGCUAUUACAACAUUCUUUUCAUAUCCCGAACACCACAACCCGACCUGCGGAACUAAUUACUUUCGCACGCAAUCCCCGUUCGAAAUGCCACAAGAUCCGAAUCUUUACGGCCAACGGCCCGCCAAGCGGCAAAAGAAAGGGAUCCCGCUUUCCAGCUCUCUGGACUUUGCUUCUCAACUGACCUCCCUCCUCUCAACGCCCGCCUCCGACCCAUCAUCAUCAGCCUCAUCCUCUGCAGUAGCCUUCGGCCGCGCCCGCCCUUCCAAAAACAAAGACGACAUAUUCUCCGUCAAGGCAAAGCGGAAAGCGGGCGCUUCCACUUCCACGGCAGAAAACGACGACGGUAAAGAUGGCGCGAAGAUCCAGCUCAAAGAGGUCCGCGGCACCGAGGACGAGAAGCAUGAACUCGCGCGCGCGCGCCGCAAGAUGGAAGAGAAAGCGCGGCUGUACGCCGCCAUGAAGCGCGGGGAUUACAUCGCGAAGGAAGGCGAGGCCGCGCCCCUCGUCGACUUCGAUCGCAAGUGGGCAGAACGGCAUCCCGAAGACGCCGAUAACAACAACAACACGUACUCGAGUUCCGGAACAGACGACUCAGACGCAGAUGAUGCCGACCAGGAAAUGGUCGAGUUCAAAGACGAAUUCGGACGUACCCGCCGCGCCACCCGCGCCGAAGCAGCCCGGUACGAGCGGCAGCGGCACCGCAGCGCCCUCGGCGCCGCCGAGCUAGAAAGCAUGGCGGCGAAACCCACCAAGGCGCCCGAGCGCCUGAUCUUCGGGGACGUGAUCCAAUCCGCCGCCUUCAACCCGGAAGACGACACGCGGACCAAGAUGGCGGACCUAGCCGCGAAGCGGGACAAGUCGCCCACGCCGCCGCCCGACGCGCACUUCGACGGGCGCGCCGAGAUCCGGACCAAGGGCGUCGGCUUCUACCAGUUCAGCCACGACGACGAGGACGCGCGCAGGCGGGAGAUGGAGGCGCUGGAGCGGGAGCGGGAUACUACGGAGCGGGUAAGGCGCGAGAGGGAGGAGCAGAAGGAGAAGCGGAGGAGGGAGAUCGAGGAGCGCCGGAGGAAGAUUGGCGCGAAGCGCGCGGAGAAGAUGGCGGAGAGCUUUUUGGAUGGGCUGGCGGGGGAGAUGGGGACGUCUGGUGCUGGUGCUGGUGGGAGUGGGAGUGAUGCUGGUGGGAAGAGGAAGGAGUCUGAGGAGGGGGGGCCGCAGAAGAGUACUACGUAGUUCGUGAUAGCUAGCACCGACGCUGACACGAAGGGUUGCUUUCUUCUACCUAGGUACCUAUCACUUAUCACGAAAAUACACAUAUUUUCGUAGCUGCGGACGACUACAUAACGCAAUAGCUACGGGGAAGGGAUACAUGUGUUACGGAAGAAUAAGGAUUAGUUUAAGAUUAGGAAUUUGAAUAUGAUACCCCCUUUUUAUCAUAACCCACCCAAGGUGCCUGAAGCAGCGUUAACAAACGAGCGUAAAAGUAUAGAUUGACUGAUAGUUAGACUUAUAAUAAGUAGUAUAUAAAUUAA